AUGGGGUCUGAACGCUUCCCAGUCCAGCAAAAAGGAAUCUACCACAACUUGCCAGUCUUCGAUCCUGCCAUCAAAGGCUUGACAGCGAUUGUCACCGGGGCCAAUGGGAUAUCGGGCUAUCAUACCAUGAGGGCGCUUCUGCAGAGCCCUGACCGAUGGUCAAAGGUGUACGCAUUGUCCCGCCGACCACCACCCAAGGACAUGAUGGCUUUACUUCCGGAGUCACAGCGAUCUCGAGUCGAGCAUAUAGCGGUAGAUUUUCUGGACGAGCCUUGGAAGAUUGCUCAGGCUUUGGAAUCGAAAUCGGUCAGGGCAGAUUAUGUCUUCUUUUACUCAUACUUGCAACCUAAACCACCACCCGGCGCUCCAGUAUGGUCGAAUGCCGAGGAGCUCCUCAAAGUCAACACGGCCCUCCUCGACAACUUUCUACAAGCCUUGUCGCUGAUCAAGAUUAUCCCCAAACGCUUUCUUCUGCAAACUGGAGCCAAACAUUACGGUGUCCAUAUCGGUCGUACUCGAAGUCCUGCUGUGGAAUCCGACUCUUGCCCGUCCAAUUUGGAGCCCAACUUUUACUAUCCUCAAGAGAAGUCACUUUUCGAAUUCUGUCAAGCCAACAGCACUUCGUGGAAUGUCAUCCGACCAGCCUGGGUGCUCGGUGCUGUCAACAACGCGCAAAUGAACGCCUUGUUGCCUAUCGCGUUCUACGCCGCCGUCCAGGGACAGAAAGGAGAGCCUCUUUACUUCCCUUCUGACUGGGAUGUCUGGCAACACGAAGGACAUCAUUCUUCUGCGUUGCUGACUGGGUAUCUGUCUGAAUGGGCCGUCCUAGAGGAUAAAUGUCGCAAUCAGGCGUUCAACUCUCAGGAUACUGGCGCCCUUACGUGGGAUCGACUUUACGAGGAGCUUGUCCGGUGGUUUGAUGUGAAAAAGGGCGUUCAUCCACCAGAAGAAGAUUUCAACAAGUUUGCUGUGUUUGAGGGCAAAUCCGGCAAGGAUACACCAAUGGGAUAUGGUCCUCCCUUACUUUGGCGGAGCAGCUUCACUUUGGUCGAUUGGGCCUCGGAACCCACCAACAAAGAGGCCUGGCGACAACUCAUGGCCAACUCCAAAGGUCAACUUACCAGCAACCCGUUUGAUGACCCCGUGGCCAAUUUUGCAUUUGGCGACGCCGCGUUCCGAAAGAUCAGUAGUCUUUCCAUGAACAAGGCGAGACUGUUUGGAUGGACGGGAUUUGUCGACACGAGAGAGGUCUUGUUCGAGAUGUAUUCCGAGAUGGCUGAAUUGGGAAUUCUACCUCGUCUGAAGGUGGACACAGCAAAUCCAUUGAUCUAGGACUGAUUCGAACAAGUCAUCGCUGAAAAAGUUUUGGAAGGAAAAGACAAGAAUUGAGAAAACGAAGAUUUUGUUUCGUGUUUGUUGCGAGGAAAUCGUCGCAAGUUUCUUGAUGGAUCCCCCCCCAGGGAUUAGUGCGAGAUACGGAGAUGGGAGAUUCACGUAAAUACAAUAAAAC